AUGACCAUUGCUUUGAAUCAAGAUGAGUUUUACAAAUUCUUCUCAAUUUACAAGUUGCACUAUACUGUAAUUAUGACAUCGCCUAUUUGGUUCAUCACUGGUGUCUCGAGUGGCUUCGGCCAGAUCCUUGCACAACGUGUUCUACAGGAGGGGCAUCGCCUCAUUGGUUCGGUUCGUGAUAGAAAUAAGCCAGGUGUAAAAGAGCUCGAGGCUCAGGGAGCCAAAAUCGUGGAGUUCGAUACCACUGCUCCACAGCAAGUCAUCAUCGACAAUGUCAAGUCUGUGAUCCAGAUAUAUGGCCAUGUUGAUAUUCUUGUGAACAAUGCUGCCUAUGCAGCUAUUGGUGUCUUGGAAGGAUUUUCAGAUGAUGAAGUGACCAAACAAUUCGCAACUAACGUCUUUGGUCCAUUCGGAGCGGCUGAUGGCUUGUACGCAGCGAGCAAGUUUGCGCUUGAAGGGUUAACAGAAUCACUGAGUGCUGAAACGUCUGAAUUCGGAAUUACAUGGCUGAUGCCAGAAUUCGGAGCAUUCCGAACAAAUCUCCUGGGCAAAGACGCCCGUGGAACUCACGCAAAGGGACUGCCUCCUGGAUAUGAAGGCUCGGCGGCCGAAAAGGCUGUUCUCGAGUUCUAUUCAUGGGAUAAGAAACAACCUGGUGACCCUGUUAAAGGUGUCGAGCGGUUAUUCAAUGUCAUCACUGGGUCUGGUUCAGAAAAAAUCGCCCAACUGAAAGGCAAAGUGUUGCGUGUUGCCAUAGGGAAGGACUCUGUGGGGGUGAUAGCUGGAAAGAUCGACAGUCUCAAGCAUGACUUGGAGUUGGCUGAUGAACUAGAGGAGGCUGAGAGUACUGCCAUUUAG